AUGAACAUCUUCGAUCUGGGUGCUUCACUGCCCACACACAUGAAAACACCUGAAAAGAUCCUAUUUUUGCUAAUAGCUGAGAUAUUUACCUGGCACAUAUACCUGAAAAGAAGGCAGGCCAACCAAGGGGCUAGCCCAAAUGCUCCCUCUUCCCAUACAAAUGCACUUAGUAGAAGUAAUAAAAAUGCCCAUGGUAUUGGCACAGAGUUAACAUGGGAUGAAAAGCUCAUGGCUGGUGUUGAAGGCUGGGAAGUUGGCAAGCAUUAUGGGGAGCCCAUUUACAAGACUGUCCCCAGUGACCGCUUCAUCGACCCCAUCGUGCAGGAGUACUAUGCCCACGGCCCCACCCGUUCCUUCACACGACAUUCACUCUUCUCCCUCUGGUCAUAA